GCGGUCAACACUUCUUGGAUGGGUACCCAUUGUUUGUCCCAUGCGUUAUGCCUGCGGGGCAGACCUGUCCAUGGAGUUCAGAGACCCUCUGGGUGUUCCGUUUUUUGUGACGUACUCUGAUGGUUUGUUGUGGCACAUUGAGUACAUGGCAACGGAGGACAUGAAGGGGAACGAUUAUAAUGCGGGGAUUAGAGAACCUCAGUUUGAAGUGACGGGACAAUCGGCAUCCGAGGCAAACAGACCACCUGAAGACGCUCCUGGGGGAUGUGACGUUGACGGACCGGCUGCACACUCGGGUGGAGGACGUGCUGUUGUGGAGAAGAACGCGCUAGUCACCGACACGGUGUGCACCGAUGGUAGCAGGCGGACGGAGCAAGGAACGAAGCGGAAGGCGACAACCAAACGCGACAACGGGGGGACAACGACGAUAGCAGGGAGGGGGAGUCGAGCGGAGAUAUUGACACUGAGCAGGAUUAACGAGGUGCCUCAAAGAGAUCCUAUUGACUACCAUGAACUGGCAACAAUGGUGGUGGACGGUGUCGAGUAUGUGCUACCAGACCAGAUUGUUGACUUUAUAAAGAGUGGAGGCGAGGACAAAAAUCUCAUUCACGAGGCAUUGCAUGAGGUGACGGAGGAGGCAAUAGCAGCAGCGGAGAUUGUCGAUGUUGAGUGCGUAAAGGAUCGCACACUCGACCUUGUAUCGGGGACUCCUGUGUCCCGAUGGAACAUAUUCGAAGCUGUAGAGGAGUUGACCGCGACAUCGACGGACAUGGACAGGAGGAGGAAGAGAAAGGAAGGAUGGUAAAUGCUUGUUGCAGAACACGACACCGCAAGGACACACACAACAGACACGACAGUGCAGGACAGAGGUGUCGCACUAUCUCUGGCGGAUGUCAGGACCGUGUUGAAGAAUCCUGCUGCGAAUGCAGCGACUGUCCAUGGCAGAUUCAGAGAGUGGAGAUUGGCACCCAGACAUCCUUCACGUGACUUCAAUGAAGGAGUCGAACAAGC